CUUCACUUCAAAGCUUUAAGUAGAUGACAAAAUGAACCUUUCCUGUGUGUUUCUGGUCUGUGCAUCGUGUCUGGUCUGGACUAGUGAUGGAGCUGAGAUUAUCAACGGUAAAGAAGUGGCCCCUCAUUCAAUGCCCUACAUGGCUCUGCUAAGAGCCAAGAAACUAUUUUGUGGAGGAACAUUGAUUCAUCCAAAAUGGGUGCUCACUGCUGCGCACUGUUACAAUAAAACUAAGGACUAUAAGAUCGAAACAGUGAUGCUGGGUGUGCACAACAUCAAAAAAACUGAAAAUUUGAGGCAAAUCAUAAAAGUGAAGGACUUCAUUAAACAUCCGUGCUACGACCCACAAGAGAAGCUCAAUGACCUCAUGCUGAUAAAGCUUAAAAAAUCUGUGAAGGAGACCAAGACUGUGAAAGUCCUGCCUCUGCCUAAAAGUGUGGAGGACCCAGCGCCUGGCAGCACCUGCCUGGUCGCAGGAUGGGGGGAUACUGUUUUCAAUGCUAGCAAAGGUUCAGAUGUUCUGAUGGCUGUCAAUGUGACUGUGAUCGACCGGGCCAAGUGUAAGGAGUACUACAAGUGUAACUUCACUAUCACCAGAGGACACAUAUGUGCCGGCUCAGAUGGGGAGAAUGUCGCAGACUCCUGCCAAGGAGAUUCUGGAGGACCACUGCUCUGCAGAGGAAAUCUAGUUGGUGUUACAUCCUUUGGAAUAGGCUGUGGAAUCAGCCAUAAGCCUGGAGUUUAUGCUUUUCUCACCAAAAAACAACUUGAGUGGAUCAGAAAAUAUAUUAAAUAGUCUAAAAUCAGAUUUUUCUUAAUGCUUAUCUCUUCCAUUGCUGUAAUUUACUCUCUUUUUAUGUUUAUUUGUUUGUUAAAUAUUGUAUUUAAAAUAAUAGUUGUGAGAUUGAAAUAAAAUGUUACAAACUGUCAGUUUUAUCACAAAAAAGUUUCUUGACCAAAGUACCACCAAAUAACCAGUGUGAGUCUUUUGUAUUAAAGUCGA